UGGACACGCCUGUUUUCAAACUUGUUUUCUCCGCGUUGGUGAAGAAUGUGGAAAGGUAGGUUUUGCAUUGUACCAUCAGGCCAUUUCUUCCAAAUCAUCCACUUUGUCCAGGCAUGUCAUUUCAUCAGGUGAUAUUUGCAACAAUGGUUACAUAUGACUAUUUCUGCUCAUGCAUGUUACACAUUGCAAGUCUUAAAUUGAUGGAAAUUAGCAAUGGCUUUCUAAUGCUUGUUACAUCUGCAAUUGUCAAGCUUACAAUUUUACAAACAAAACAGGUUAGAAGAAAAAUGAGAUUACUAACUGAAAUUCCAGCCAAUCAUUGAGCAGCAUUUGCACUGUUAAACAAAUGAAUCUCGCAUAUUUAUAUUUGUUCCCCUGCCUCCACAUGACGUGGUUAUUUCCAAGAGAAUAUACUGCUUCAAAACGUGGUCAGAGAUAGGCGAUGAUAGCCCAUCCACGGAGUGUAGAUGGCAGAUAAAUGAAAACUCAUUUAGACUGCAGGAUUAUUCUACCUUUUGAUGAUAUGCCUGUACUGGAAGAAGAAACUGGUGAAUCCACUUCUGACCUAACUCUAGAUGGCGCCACCAGUCCCUGGCAGGGCCAGGGCAUGGUGUUGGGCUCCAUCCUCGUCCCCAUACGAGUUUUUCUGGCUGUCCUCUGCUUCCUGAUCAUGUGGCCUAUUGCCCGGCUCCGAUUGGCUGGCCUCUCAGAUGCGGAACGGUCCCGGCCAGUAACGACUGGGUGGAGGAGAUGGUUACUACACCCCAUCAUCUGGUUCCUUAGCCGGGCAGUGUUUUUCUUCCUGGGGUUCUUCUGGUUCCGGGUCAAAGGUUGUAGGGCGGGGCAUAAGGAGGCUCCUGUGUUGGCAGUGGCACCUCACAGUAGCUUCCUGGAUAUGUUGGUGCUGACGGAAACCCAGCUGCCUACGGUGGUGUCUAGAUCAGAGAACCAAAGCAUUCCCGUUAUAGGGGCCCUCCUGGAGUUUAACCAGUCAGUGUUGGUAAACAGGAAGAAUCCAGAAUCCAGGAAACGGGCUGUCGUUCAGAUCAAAGAGAGGCUCACCUCCAAUGGCUACUGGCCACAGAUGCUGAUGUUCCCAGAAGGCACCACGACGAACGGCACCACUCUCAUAAAGUUCAAACCUGGUGCCUUCCUAGCUGGAGUCCCAGUCCAACCUGUCCUGCUGCACUACCCCAACAAACUGGAUACUGUGCGCUGGACCCACAGGGGAACUACCUGGGUUGAGGCAUUGUGGCACACCUGCUCUCAGCUCUACACUAACGUUACUGUUGAGUACCUGCCAGUAUACACCCCCUCCCAGGAGGAGAAGGAUGACCCUAAUCUGUAUGCAGACAAUGUCCAGAAACUCAUGGCCAAGACCCUGGGCAUCCCGGCGACAGACCAUGUGAUGGAGGGGCGUGUUCCUACCAGAAAACUGGGAGGGCUCUCCCUCCCCCUAGAACCACCUGCCAGAGAAACUCUCUCUCUGCUGCAUAAAGACGGUCUCAGAGAGUUCGAGGUGGAGGCAGCACUGAGUAAGAUAAUUGACAGGUGUCAGUCAGAACAGGGUUGGAGGGCUGGUGUGGAUGAGCUGGCACCACUCCUGGGACUGACAGACAGACAGACUGCUGCUAAGAUCUGUGGACUCUACUCCAAGGAUGACAAGGUGGACCUCAGACAGAUCUAUUUAAGUGUGACAUCAGUCUCUGGGCUUCUGGGAUUUAAGUCCCUCCUUCACACUGCAUUCACUCUGUAUGACAGAGAGUGUAGUGGCAGUCUGACUGCAGUGGACGUGUCUGACCUGAUGGGGGCGCUAGUGGGGAGUCCUCAGUACCACACAGAGGAACUGUACACUGAACUGUCCUUGAGAGGAGCGCCCACCGAACAAGACCUGUUCAGUGUGCUGACCACCCACCCCACCUAUCAGAAACUGAUCAGCGAGUACUUCACACCUGAGGGGGUGGAGUCCACACCAUCAUCCUCUCCUCUGACCAAAGGGAAGGCAGGGAACAACAAUGCAGGAUCGCCUAGCGACAACAGAACGGCCUUGCCUUACAAAAUGGCUGAUAACGGCUCUCCUCUGCCCAGUAAGAAGAACGACUAAGUGAAGGAACUCUGAAGCAUACUGAUAGAAUUCCUAGAACGGACUGGGCAGUUAUUACAGAUUAAUCUAUAUGGGUGGGCUUACUUACAAAAUGGCUGCCGGUUAUACAUCGACUUGAAUGGGGAGCCCCUUCUAGGAAUUCUAUUUCUAAUGGGGCUUACGCCAUUUUGUGAAAUUGAAGAAAAACCUAAGGCAGCUCAACAGUAUCGACAGUAAUGCCAAUAUAACAUGCUGUUCUCUAAGAAAUCAAAGGGAAUGGCUCCUAGUGAACUAGUGCGUAUGUCUUUCAGAUGGGUUAUAUGUCGUCUUUUAAGACUUGUUUACAAUGUCAUAGCUACAUAGCUAGCUAUGAUUGUUACACAAUUCUCUGGAUCUGCCUGUCAAGAUGCUGGGAAAAUAGUAUCACGGUAGUGUUUAUUUAUAAAUGUAAAACGAUUUUAAUCAAAUUAAGAGUGUCUGUCUUAUUUUGUACUGCUUGAAAUGGGAUGUGGUAUGUGAAUUUGUAUUGUUUUAAUGAACAAAAUAUACAAACCAAAUGAUUAUGUAAAUUACUAUUCUCAGGAUUUUGUAUUGUAUUUUACAUUUAAUCUAUUAAACUGAACAUUAAACAUUGGA